GAGGUUCGGAAUUGCCAAUAACUUGCCAGUACGGGGCUUGCCUUUAAUAGCUCUACUGCCUAGUUACGGUACCGUACAUUCGCGCCAAUAAUUUUUUGAUUUCUUGAUAUUGUGUUCACAAAUCAAAACCACUCUGAAGCCAACGAGCCGUCUUCUUUCAAUUUUUGGACAAUCAAAUAUAGAUGAUGAUACCGGUAGACCUUCCAAAACUGAAAAGUAUGAGCACCUCUGUCGCACUGACUCACAAUAUUACACCUGAAUAUGGUAAUAGAAACUCGUUAGUUGAACGUAAUAAUGGUGCGGCUGCUGCUGCCACCAUGCUCCCAGUAGUCUGUGGAGGACUUUCUGGCAUGCUGGCAAAGACUGCAACGAAUCCUUUUGAGAGGAUCAAAGUACUCUCCCAAACGGGAGACCACUUAAUGAAGUCGUCUUCAAUAAUCGAUUUGUAUACGGGAAUCAUACGCAAUGAAGGUGUGAUUGGUUUGUGGGCCGGAAACGGGGCUAAUUUGGUUCGAAUUUUCCCAGCAAAGGGUAUUCUUUUUUCAACGAAUGACGUGUAUCAGGAAUUCUUCCGCAAAGUCGCUAAGACGUCGAAGAGCGAGAAGCUACCACUUUUCUAUACAUUUAUUUCAGGUGGCGUUGCUGGGAUGACCGCGUGUGCUCUUACGUAUCCCCUGGACUUUGCGCAGGGACGGAUAUCCGGAAAGCUGGCGUCACAUGGCAAUAGGAAGGAAUACCGUGGAAUUAUCCGCACGGUCCUCACAACGGUAAAAGAUGAGGGCGUCUUGGCCUUGUACAAAGGUGUAACACCGACUACUAUGGGUGCAUUACCGUAUGAAGGAAUCAAGUUCGGAACAGUUGGCUUCUUGGAACAAUGUUUUCCUGUGGAACAAACAACACCGUUGAGAAAAAUGAUGUUCGGGGGAAUAGGUGGGGUUAUUGCGGGAUUAGUUACGUUCCCAAACGACACCGUCAGGAGAUUACUUCAACUUCAAGGGAGUCGAGGAUCGAAGACAAAUUAUUGUGGAUUUUUGGAUUGUAUACGACAAACGUACAAAUCUGAAGGGAUUACUAGGUUUUAUCGUGGAUUCACGAUUAAUAUAGUUAGGAUGGUCCCAAAUGCUGCUGUGCAGUUCGGUUCGUAUGAGGUACUUAAGAAUCUGACAAAGAACUACUUCUAAAAGACGCAAAAAUGGAUGAAAACAAAAUCCUUCCAUUUUCAGGGUACCAAGUGACUUAGGUUGAUCCCAACAAAAGUAACCACCAACAGUCUUGAAAAAGUUCUAGUUUCACUCAAAGUACUCACAACAUGUGGUAUGAAAAUUUUGAAACCUAAAUACAGAAUCUAAUCUUCUCUACAUUGUUUCCGUAGCCUUCGAUCAGCCUCCUCAUACUCAAUUAUGUAUAUGAUUGUUGACGGUGCAACUACUGCUCGAUCCUUCUGUUGGUGAACUCAAGUCGAUCAAAGUAGAGGUUUGAAAGUAAUCGCGGUGCUUGAAGCACUGUGUAUGCAAUGCGUUCUUCAAGGCAUAUUUCAGAAAGUAAUACUACAUAUUUUAUAGCGUUGUACAAUUGAAACGAAUCUUUGUACUUCUGUUUAUGUUGAUAACUCAAUACGAAAGGUACAGUCCAAACCGAUGAAAGAAUAUGAUGUAGAAAAAAAAGGUGUUUAAAUGAAAUGCUGCCCGAAUUUUUCCUCAUACCAACGCAACAUUUCUGAUUCAUGGGACAAUCCAAAUACCUGACUGGUCUAUUCAAAACCUUCACAACAUUCUAGUGUUUCUUUCGGCCUCGUUAAGAUGCUUCACGAAAUAGGAACGAACGACGACGCGAUCACUUCCAUCAUAUUUUAAGUUUUGGUAUGGCGUUCUUCCGUGGACAACUUUUUUAUUGUUGAAGAGCACCAUUGCUCCGUCCCGAAGAUGUACCCCUGAUGGCCUUGCAUCCAACAAGACUUUCCGUAAUUUGACAAUGGCUUGUGAGGCCUCGGGAUCUACUCCAACCAUAUUUUCCCAAUUGACAGGAAGAUGAAGGGAUGUACCAUCCAAUAAAGCUCGCGCCUUGUCAACGUCUUCGUCCACCGACAUCAAAUCAACCCAUUGAGAAGAUGCAGUUAUCUUAAAACGAUCUUGCUGUAAUAUCAAUCUGAUGUGGUUUGGCAAAGCCUUGAUGACUUUUUCAGUUGAAACCAAAGUUGUCUCGACAUCGGGGUCUUCGCCUUCUCGAAGACAGAUUAACCCUAACAAAUCGGGAAUUACACCAUGAUAUGACAUGUCUUGGUGGUAAUACAAUGUUCCAACAGUG